AGGAUUUCCCACACACAUGGCAAGUGCAACUAAACCACACUGAGGCCCAUCUUGUAGAAAUUGGUCAAGUUUUUUAUAAUGAAAUUCAAUUGGAUUUGCUAUUUCCGUCAUUUGAAAUAAUGUUAGAAUCAGAUUGACAUAUUUAGACUACAGAAUAUUUGAACUACAACAAUGAAUACUAAUAAAAUACAAAAAUGUGUUGGAAAGGAUGGAUUUCAGAGAAUGAAUUAUCUUUACCAGGAAGUCUUUUGUAAUGACACCAAUCUGUGUUUUGCUGUAGAAAGAGGAAUAUUGGUAUGCAAGAAUAUAUAUUUGAGCAUAAUAAGCUUGCUUAGGGAGGUAGGAAGAAGUAUGAUUUGCAAUAUUAUGAUAGCAGAAAAUGAAGCUCAACAUUCUGCCGCAAAUUUUUAUUCAAAUCUUCUCAUUGGCAUAUCAAGGAAAACAGUACAAAGGAUGGAAAUAGAUAUGAAAAGAACAAUUUGCAAAUCUUGUAGGUGUCUAAUGAUUGCAGGAAUUACCUGCAGAGUAAGAAUAAAAAAGAAAAAGUUGAUAUAUACUUGUUUGAAAUGCCAUACAAAUAAAGUGUUUCUGACAUUAAAAAAUGAUUAUCAAUGUUGGACUCAGACAAAUGAAAGUCUAACAAACAUUUUUGAUUAUUCCAUGGAAAAAAAUAGAGAAAUUGAUAAUACAAAAAAAUGAUAAGAGGCAAAUAUACACAAAUUUAACACAGAAAAAAGGACUGAUAUUUAAUAAUAAAAUAUGUAUGUGGAAACAUAAGACAACGCAAUUGUAGUUAUCAUUUAUUAAAUAAUGAAAAAAUUAUAA